UUAUGUACAGAAAAAAAAAAAUGGAGAUAUGGUUACUCAUCUUGGUCUCUCUCGCCGUAUCUCUCUUUCUCCCUCUCCUCCUUCGCCGCCGUAACUCCUCCUCUCUUCCUCUACCUCCUGACCCCAACUUCUUCCCCUUAAUCGGAACCCUCCAGUGGCUCCGGAGAGGCUUAGGUGGUCUCGACACCUAUCUCCGCUCCGUCCACCACCGUCUCGGCCCAAUCAUCACCCUCCGUAUCACUUCCCGUCCCGCCAUCUUCGUUUCCGAUCGUUCCCUUGCUCACCAAGCUCUCGUCUUAAAUGGCGCCGUUUUCGCCGAUCGUCCACCGCCUGCUCCAAUCAGCAGGUUCAUCACCAGCAAUCAACACAACAUCAGCUCCGGGUCUUACGGAGCCACGUGGCGGCUUCUCCGUCGAAACCUCACAUCUGAGAUUCUUCAUCCUUCCCGUCUGAGAUCUUAUUCCCACGCUCGUCGUUGGGUUCUUGAGAUCCUAUUUGAUCGGUUUCGCAAUCAUGAAGGCGAAGAACCGAUCGUUGUUGUUCAUCAUCUUCACUACGCUAUGUUCGCGCUUCUCGUUCUUAUGUGUUUCGGUGAUAAGCUUGAUGAGAAACAGAUCAAAGAGGUCGAAUUUGUUCAGAGACGACAGCUUCUUAGCUUCUCGAGAUAUAAUAUCCUCAAUCUCUGGCCUAAGUUCACUAAAUUGAUUUUCCGAAGUCGAUGGGAAGAAUUUCACAAGAUGCGGAAAGAACAACGAGACGUUUUGCUUCCUCUGAUUCGCGCUCGGAGGAAGAUCGUCGAAGAAAGGAAGAAGAGAUCGGAGGAGGAGGAAGAAGGAAACAAAGAUUAUGUGCAGUCGUAUGUUGACACUCUGCUCGAUCUAGAGCUUCCAGAGGAGAAGAGGAAGCUAAACGAAGACGAAAUCGUGAGCUUAUGCUCGGAGUUUCUCAACGGCGGGACUGACACAACGGCCACUGCUCUGCAAUGGAUCAUGGCGAAUCUCGUGAAAAGCCCCGAAAUCCAAGAGAAAUUAUACAGUGAGAUCAAAAGCGUUGUGGGAGAGGAAGCAAAGGAGAUCGAGGAAGAAGAGGCACACAAGAUGCCGUAUCUAAAGGCAGUGGUUUUGGAAGGUCUUCGGAGGCAUCCUCCGGGGCAUUUCGUGCUCCCGCACAGUGUCACGGAAGACACUGUGUUGGGAGGGUACAAGGUACCAAAGAAAGGUACGAUUAAUUUCAUGGUGGCGGAGAUAGGGAGAGAUCCAACGGUGUGGGAAGAACCAAUGGCGUUUAAACCGGAGAGGUUCAUCGGAGAAGAAGAACCGGUGGAUAUAACCGGAAGCAGAGGGAUAAAGAUGAUGCCAUUCGGAGCGGGAAGGAGGAUUUGUCCCGGGAUUGGGCUAGCGAUGAUGCAUUUGGAGUACUAUGUAGCGAAUAUGGUGAGGGAGUUUGAAUGGAAAGAGGUCAAAGGCUAUGAAGUUGACUUGACGGAGAAGCUUGAGUUCACCGUCGUUAUGAAGCAUCCGCUUAAGGCUCGUGCUGUGCCUAGGAGAAGUUAGAAAAAAGGCUAGUGUUCUGUUUCUUUAAUUCGGUUUAAUGUUCUGAAAGAUUUGAUAAUAAAUUUGACGCUAUGUCAUGUGGUACUUUGUUUGGUGGAGUCAAAAUAUGGAACAGUCUUUAGUAAAGUACAUUCUAUAUGAUAUAAAUAACGCUUUUAUUUUCC